AUGGCCGCCAGGGUGCUGCUCCUGGCAAGCUGCCUGCUGGCUCUCCAGUCAUCAUACUCAACCGCAACAGCAGCCAUCACCCACGAGUCGCCCGGCCUGCCCAUGGUCAUCAACACCUGGGGCGGGCCCUUCACGGCCGCCACCUCGGCCGCCUUCCUCGCCCUGCAGCCCCGCCACGGCAGCGGCGACAGCAACUUCUCAACAACGGCGGCGCUCGACGCCGUGCAAAUCGGCUGCGCGACGUGCGAGGCCAACCGCUGCGACGGCACGGUCGGCUCCGGCGGGUCCCCCGACGAGGCGUGCGAGACGACGCUCGACGCGCUCAUCAUGGACGGCACGACGUACGCCGUCGGGGCGGUCGCCGCGCUGCGCAGAGUCAAGGACGCCAUUGCCGUGGCGAGGCGCGUCAUGGAGCAUACGCGCCAUAGCCUCCUCGCGGGGGACCAGGCCACGGCGUUUGCGGUGCAGAACGGCUUCGUGGAGGAGACGCUCUCGACGGGGGAGUCAGACGAGGCGUGUAGGAGGUGGCGCGAGGGCGGGUGCCAGCCCAACUACCGCGUUGGCGUCCGUCCAGACCCGUCAUCCUCGUGCGGGCCAUACACGCCUCUGCUGCUAUCCCCAUCCCAGGAUUCCCUUGGAGUGAGGGCCACGAACAAGGACGCCGACGACGCCGCGCCGCAGUCCUCACGUCGCUCCCACGACACCCUCUCGCUCAUCGCGCUGCACCCCUCGGGCCACCACGCCGCCGGCACGACGACCAACGGCGCCGCGCACAAGAUCCCGGGCCGCGUCGGCGACGGGCCCAUCCCCGGCAGCGGCUCGUACGUCGACUCCGAGGUGGGCGGGUGCGGCGCCACGGGCGACGGCGACGUCAUGAUGCGCUUCCUGCCGUGCUACCAGGCCGUCGAGAGCAUGCGCCGCGGCGUGCCACCAGGGGACGCCGCCGAGGACGCCGUGCGCAGGAUGCUGCGACGGUUCCCGGAUGUCAAGGCGGGUGUGGUUGUCGUGGAUAGGUGGGGGAGGCAUGGCAGCGCGGCGGCGGGAUGGACGUUUACGUAUGCGUAUAGGGGGGGCCAGAUGCGAGAGGUGAGGGAGGUGACGGUUGAGCCGCUGAACGGAGACGUGGCCGAGCUGUAG